UCGUCCCUACAUCAAGCCGCGCGACUAAAUUACUGAAGAUUGAGAUAAAGACGCACGCCGUCCAGAAAAGAAUCUCAAGAUUUCGGAUGAUUCUUUUUAAUAAGAGUCAAGAUCACAAGGAUGAUAGUACUAUCAUUCAACCCAGUUUUGUUGCUUCAUGUAAAUAGUGAUGGUUCAGUGGGUGCAGCCCAGCUCGACGACGAACCGUAUUGUCACCACCAUUCUCCUUGGCAUAGCUCAAAUUUUGACACUCUUCAGGAUUAAUAUCCGCAGGCGAGCUAAUCGUCUGUGGUGGGACGAUGCAUGGGCUCUUUUGACUAUGUUUCUUUCUCAACUUCUGCUCAUUGCUAUGUGGAUACGGACUGAUACUCCCGGUCUUGGACCUCUCGACGAAUCCCAUUCUGCUCGCAUCGUGGCAUAUUGGCUUGUCUCAAUUUCAUUCACAUGUACGCUGUGGUCUGCCCGGAUAAGUUUGAUCUUCUCCGUGAUUCGACUUAUUCCCCCACUAUUCGUGUUACGAAGGGUUUCUGAGUGGAUGGCGGUCAUUUUUUUUCUCAUGUGGGCUGGCUCCCUCAUUCAAAAAACAUACAUCUGUGCUUCGGAUCGUUCUUGGUACCAAUUGUCAGCUCCACAAUGUCAUCUUGGCCCGGACGUCGCAAUCGUCGAGCUCGUUACCGAUCUCUUUGCAGAUGUGGUUCUCGCGGUUAUCCCGAUUCGUUUGCUGGCAGGUGUCGGUCUUUCACCUGACAAGCGGAGAAUGCUAUACAUGAUGUUCUGCGCGAGUUUACUCACGAGCAUGGUCUCCAUUAUUCAUGCUGUCUUUCUUCUUGGUCCCUCAGGUCUCCUUGAAGCAAUCACCGCUCAAGCUGAAGCUGGCACUGCGCUAAUGGUAGCAAAUGUUGGAGUUUUGUCUCCCUAUGUGUAUCGGUUGAUGAAGAACGGGCAAGACUUCGACAGCCAACCGUACACGUAUUACCCCAGUUUCCAUUCCAACGGGGAGGUGCACAUGCGAAGAAUACCUCGCACCCCAAGCCGGACGGCAGCCUCCAGCGUCCGAUUCCAUUCUGAGACGCAGGCUGAUUCCUUAUUAGUGUCGGCAAUGGAGCUUCAAGUACCCGAAAAGGCUAAGACGGAGCCUUCAUUGGCAGUGACACUGGAAUCGGAUUUCGAAACACAGAAGUCAGUCGUUGUCUAUCCAACUUCUAGUCCUACGAUCUGGCAUUUAUCCGGUUCGUCGAUGGGUUGAGUGAACGACCGCCACGCCCUUCUACGUUAUAGAUAUGUAUGUACCCCCGCCCGAUGAAAUUAUGAAUUCAACUUGGCACCGAGCGUCUCCUGAGGAUGAUUCAAUAAACGUUUGGCAAAUUAGUAUGAGGUC